GGGGCUCGGAAGAUGGCUGCGGAGCCGAGCACCGGGCAGUGGCUGCGGCGGCGGCGGCGGGCGGGGAGCGCGGCGGGCGGGGGCUCCGCCUGGCGCGUGGGGCGCUGAGCCGAGAGGCGCGGAGGCGGCGAGGGCGCACGGGGGCUUUGGGGGUCCGCUCGGCGCGGCCUUCCCGCCAGCCGCCGCACCAUGGGCAGCGCGGAGGACGCGGUCAAAGAGAAACUGCUGUGGAACGUGAAGAAGGAGGUGAAGCAAAUCAUGGAGGAGGCUGUCACCAGGAAGUUUGUACAUGAAGAUAGCAGCCACAUCAUUGCUCUGUGUGGUGCGGUAGAGGCUUGCCUACUGCAUCAGCUGAGACGCCGUGCCGCUGGCUUUCUGCGAAGUGACAAGAUGGCAGCCCUGUUCACCAAGGUGGGGAAGACAUGCCCAGUUACUGGGAAGAUUUGUCACAAGGUGCAGGAAUUACAGCAACAAGUAGAGGGCAGGAAACCCUCGGGAAGCAGCCAGGAGACCCUGAGGAGACAGGGUUCUGCCAGUGGAAAGGCCCCAGCGCUCAGCCUGCAGGCCUUGAAACACAUAUGGGUACGCACAGCACUCAUCGAAAAAGUGCUCGACAGGGUUGUACAGUACCUGGUGGAGAACUGCAGCAAGUACUACGAGAAGGAGGCAUUACUGGCAGACCCUGUGUUUGGCCCCAUCUUGGCCUCUCUUCUAGUGGGACCCUGUGCCUUGGAGUACACCAAGCUCAAGACAGCUGAUCACUACUGGACCGACCCCUCUGCUGAUGAGCUGGUCCAGAGGCACCGUAUCCGGGGUCCCCCUAAUCGCCAGGAUUCCCCUGCAAAGCGCCCAGCCCUAGGAAUCCGGAAGCGGCACUCAAGUGGCAGCACAUCAGAGGACAGACUGGCCGCCUGUGCCCGCGAGUAUGUCGAGUCCCUGCAUCAAAACUCGAGGACACGGCUACUCUAUGGCAAGAACAACGUGCUGGUACAGCCGAAGGAAGACAUGGAGGCUGUCCCUGGCUACCUCUCCCUGCACCAGUCUGCAGACAGCCUGACUCUGAAGUGGACCCCCAACCAGCUUAUGAAUGGGACUCUGGGGGACUCGGAGCUGGAAAAGAGCGUUUACUGGGACUACGCUUUGGUUGUGCCCUUCAGUCAGAUUGUCUGCAUCCACUGCCACCAGCAAAAGUGUGGCGGCACGCUCGUGCUGGUCAGCCAGGACGGCAUCCAGAGGCCGCCGCUGCACUUCCCUCAGGGAGGACACCUGCUGUCCUUUCUGUCCUGUCUGGAGAAUGGACUUCUGCCUCGAGGACAGCUGGAGCCCCCACUCUGGACCCAGCAGGGAAAGGGGAAGGUGUUUCCCAAGCUCCGGAAACGCGGCAGCAUGCGGUCUGUGGAUGUGGAGGAGAUGGCCAUGGGGCGGGCCACAGACUAUGUGUUCCGGAUCAUUUACCCAGGCCACAAGCAUGAGCACAUCACUAUUAACUACCACCACCUAGCGGCCAGCCGCCCGGCCUCGGUGGACGAUGAUGAGGAAGAGGAAGAUAAACUACACGCAAUGCUCUCAAUGAUCUGCUCGCGGAACCUCACAGCUCCCAAUCCGAUGAAAGAUGCUGGCGACAUGAUCGAGAUGCAAGGCUUUGGACCUGGCCUGCCAGUGUGGCACCUGGAGCCCUUGUGCAACCAGGGCUCCUCCUGCCUCUCCUGCUCCACCAGUAGUUCCCCGUAUGCUACCCCCAGCCAUUGCAACUGCGUUCCAGACCGGUUGCCCCUCAGGCUACUGUGUGAGAGCAUGAAGAGGCAGAUUGUAUCCCGGGCCUUCUACGGCUGGCUGGCAUACUGCCGCCACCUGUCCACAGUGCGGACCCACCUGUCAGCGCUGGUGCAUCACAACAUCAUCCCACCUGCACGGCCCCCAGGGGCCUCCGGAGGCCUCACCAAGGAUGUGUGGAGCAAGUACCAGAAAGACGAAAAGAAUUACAAGGAGCUGGAGCUGCUGCGGCAGGUGUACUGCGGUGGUGUGGAACAUGAGAUCCGCAAGGAUGUCUGGCCUUUUCUGCUUGGCCACUACAAGUUUGGCAUGUCUAAGAAGGAGAUGGAGCAGGUGGACACAGCAGUGGCAGCAAGGUACCAGCGGGUGUUGGCAGAGUGGAAGGCCUGUGAAAUGGUUGUGCGGCAGCGGGAGCGGGAGGCUCACCCAACCACACUCACCAAGUUCUCCUCGGGCAGCAGCAUUGACAGCCACGUGCAGCGCCUCAUCCACCGAGAUUCCACCAUCAGCAAUGACGUAUUUAUCUCUGUGGAUGACCUGGAGCCCCCCAAACCCCUGGGCUCUGAAGAUUCCCAAGCAGAGCCUGAGCAGGCCCCGGGAGGGGGCACCCCAAGCACCGCCGUAGUGGAGCAGCAGCAGUCCGUGGAGUUUGACUCUCCAGACUCUGGGCUGCCUUCCUCCCGCAAUUACUCCAUGGCCUCAGGCAUCCAGUCAAGCAUAGAUGAGGGACAGAGCGUGGGCUUUGAAGAAGACUAUGGCGGCGGGGAGCCUGAUGCUUCAGGCCCUGCGGCCCACGUUUUCUCCGAGCCCCACGAUCCCACCCAGAAGGUCUCGAGUGCCAAUGAGCUGGAAGCCGGGGAGGAGCUUGCGGCCGUGUGUGCUGCCGCCUACACUAUAGAAUUACUGGACACUGUGGCCUUAAACCUGCACCGCAUAGACAAGGAUGUGCAGCGAUGUGACCGCAACUACUGGUACUUCACACCUCCCAACCUGGAGCGGCUCAGAGACAUCAUGUGCAGCUAUGUGUGGGAGCACCUAGAUAUGGGCUACGUGCAGGGCAUGUGUGACCUGUUGGCGCCUCUCCUGGUCAUUCUGGAUAACGAUCAGCUGGCUUACAGCUGCUUCAGCCAUCUCAUGAAGAGGAUGAGCCAGAACUUUCCCAAUGGGGGUGCCAUGGACACCCACUUUGCCAACAUGCGCUCCCUUAUCCAGAUUCUGGACUCAGAGCUGUUUGAACUGAUGCAUCAGAACGGAGACUACACCCACUUCUACUUCUGUUACCGCUGGUUUCUGCUAGAUUUUAAGAGAGAGCUGCUGUACGAGGAUGUGUUUGCCGUGUGGGAGGUGAUCUGGGCAGCUCGGCACAUCUCAUCAGAGCACUUCGUCCUGUUCAUUGCCCUGGCCCUCGUGGAAGCCUACCGCGAGAUUAUCCGGGACAACAAUAUGGACUUCACCGACAUCAUCAAGUUCUUCAAUGAACGGGCCGAGCGUCACGAUGCCCAAGAGAUCCUGCGGAUCGCCCGGGAUCUCGUCCACAAGGUGCAGAUGCUCAUAGAGAACAAAUGAGAGCUGUAGCCAGGAGGUGGCAGCUAGCCAGAGCCUGGGAAUCCAGGUCUCUGGGCUCCGCAGAGGUGCAGGGGGGUUACAGCAAAGACUGCCCUGGCCCCCAGCCAACCAUGCCUGCCUAACUGUGUUCCUAACAAAGUGCUGUGAGCCUGGGGUCUGACUCCGGGCAGUGCUAGCCCUGCGGGGUGGGCUGGGUCAGAGGGCCCUAAGGUAAGGGCUGGGAUGGGUCAGACCAACCUCAGGGAGCAACUCCCUAGGGAGACACCUGCUCCCUGUGAAAGGCCUGAAUUAGCUCCACUGCCACCUGCAGCCUCAACCGUGGCUGUUCCCCCUGGUCCCUCCCAGGUCGGUGAGGCGCUACUGGAGGUAGCAGGGCUGCAGCUGCCUGGGCCCCACCUCACAAGGGUGAGGCAGAUGGUGGGACUCUUGCUCCCUCUCCUGAGAGUCCCUUUGCAGGCCCAGAGUGUGUGCGCGCACCACCCCAGUCGGGACACUGAGAUGGCUGCAGUCUCAGGAGUCCGUCCUGGGCUCAGACCGAAGCUGCCUCAGGGCUCUCUGAGAUGAAGGGACAACCAGAUGUGGGUCCUGGGAGAGAGCAGCCCGCCCAGCAGCACUGCCAACUGCCUUUGUUCACCUGAGGUGAACCCCUGCACUGCUCCAGCCCGUCCAGUGCACCCCCAAGUAUGAGUCUCAUGCUUAUUACCCUCUUCUUGCUUUAUGCAUAUAUGCAUCCCUGAAAAUAGAGGUGACACUUCUGGCAGCUGGAGCACACUGGAAUCCUAGGGUGAUUCCUUAGGGAGUUAGUCCUGUCUCAGCCUCCUCUCAGGGACAGCCCCAGGAUCGGGGGACAGCUCUCCCAGGCUUCUGCUGAGCCCACGGGGCUGAGAAGUGAGUGAUGCCUGGGAAGGAGCCAGACCUCACGUUUUCCCUGGGAUGUCAAGAGGCCCAGGGACCAAAAAUCCACUUAGAGGAGCUCACUCGAAGGGCUGCUAGGAAGGGCCUGGCUCCUGACUCCCCACCUAGGAACUCUGCUUGCUCUGUCAUCCCCACGUCCUCCUGUUAUGUGCAGGCUAGGUCCCUGGGUGAGGCCACUCUGCCACUAAGGUCUCAAGAUUCCCUGUACCUGAGAAACCAGAGAAAGGGCUGAGCAGCCCUUCUGCAUCCAGCACGGCCUCCCCAGCCUACCCCUACCCCUGGGCACUGCACGUCCUCUUUGGGAACAGUCUGCCCCACUGCUGACCUUUGUGUGUCCUUGGAUCUCCAUCAAGCUUGGUGGCCCUUGUGUGCCUGCCUUAGUGACUCAGUGGUUUUGUGAGAAAAUUUGUAUGUUUUUCUUUUGCUCAGAAACUAUACUCUUCAUUGUAACAAACCAAUAAACACAGUAUUUGGCAAUG